UUUUGUUACACUUUUUCGUAGCCGUCGCAGUCUCCCUUCGUUUCAAAUCCAUAUCUUCUGCCACCAUUAAAAUAAAGCUUAAAUUGCUCUCUCCGCUUUCUUCUCCAUGACACAAAAUUAUAACAGUAGUACAAAUUAUUAAUAUCUUUAGAUAUAUUAUCUCUUCCGCUUAGGUGGUUCCUUGUAUAGAAUUCAGUCCGUAGAGCUAUAGAGAGAGGACAAGGUGGGUUAAGAAAUCGAAAGCAGAUUCAGAACCGAUCCAAUUCCAUCCAUUCAAACGAAGAAAGAAGAAACCAGGGAGUUUCCACCCAAUUUCGUGUUUCCUGAGGGAGAUAAAGAUUCAAGGUGGAAAACUGUGAAUAUUAGUAGAACGUAUUAAUUAGUUGUGGGGAGAGGAGUUAUGCGUAUGAGUAGGUAAAUGCAUCAGAAGAAAUCCGAAGUUCAGAUCGGAAAAGAAAGCAGUUGCGUCUCUUCCGAUUUCAACCCGACCUUGCUGUCGUCCUCUUCUUCGCUUCAUCAGAAACACCCCCAACAGCAUUCCCAUCUCGGCCCACAAGCUUUCUUCUUUACCAGCGGAGGCGGCUGCGGCUUCCCUUCUUCGCCGGCUUCUUCUCCUUCGCCGGAUAAUUACACUGAUCACACAACCCUUCAAAUCCUCAUCAACGAUGGGAAUGACUCGAUUGUUGCCCCGGGGGCGAUGGUGGGAGAUGGCAAGACCACGCCUCACAAGCGACCCAUUUUUGGAGUCUCCUCCUCGAAUAACCCAUCUAAUUCGUCUUCUUCCACCUCGAUCUUCGUGAAAUCUCCCCCCACUUUGAGCGAUUCGACGCGAAAACACCCGUUUUCUUUUUCUCCCCCUCCCUCGAAGCGCCAAUGUUCCUCGUUUAGGAUCAUGGGUGUCCAGGCUUACCAUCAACUUCGUCACCUCCGCCGUGUUCUCCGGGUCCACCUCCACCUCAUCCUUCUCCUCUCCUUACCAUUCUUCUAUUUCCUGGUUUCUCAUCCUACCAACUCGUUUUUUCUCGAUUUCCUUUCAGCUUUUGCCUUCUCGGCGGCCCUUCUGUUUUCCCUGAAUUUGGCUCUUCCCAGACUGCCAUCCAUCCGGUUGUUCCUUUCUAGGUCUUUGCCGAUCAAGCUCUCCUUGUCCGGCCAAGUGUCCACAAGCCGGCCUUUGCCAGCCGUGUUUUGGUCGAUCGGGUCUAAUAAGUUUGAGAAGAAGAUGAAUUCUGGGAAUUUCGUGCAGGCAUACAGGAAUGGGGAUGUGUAUGAGGGUGAGUUUCACAAGGGUAAAUGUAGUGGGAGUGGGGUUUACUAUUACUAUAUGAGUGGGAGGUAUGAAGGGGAUUGGGUUGAUGGUAAAUAUGAGGGUUACGGUGUUGAGACAUGGGCAAGAGGGAGUCGGUACAGGGGGCAAUACAGGCAGGGGCUUAGGCAUGGCUUUGGGGUUUAUAGGUUUUAUACUGGGGAUGUUUAUGCUGGAGAAUGGUCCAAUGGGCAGAGUCAUGGGUGUGGGGUGCAUACCUGUGAUGAUGGUAGCCGAUAUGUGGGUGAGUUCAAGUGGGGUGUCAAGCAUGGCCUCGGUCACUACCAUUUCAGGAAUGGGGACACUUAUGCUGGAGAGUAUUUUGCAGAUAAGAUGCAUGGAUUUGGGGUAUAUCACUUUGCAAACGGGCAUAGGUAUGAAGGAGCAUGGCAUGAGGGAAGAAGACAAGGAUUGGGGAUGUAUACUUUUAGAAAUGGAGAAGCUCAGUCAGGUCACUGGCAAAAUGGGAUUCUUGACAUUCCAAGCACACAGAGUGUCUCCUCUCCUGUCUCUCCUGUCGCCGUUAACCAUUCAAAAGUGCUUAAUGCAGUCCAGGAAGCACGGCGAGCAGCUGAGAGAGCUUAUGGCGUGGGUAAGGUGGAUGAAAGAGUGAACAAGGCAGUUGCCUCAGCAAACAGAUCAGCUAAUGCUGCAAGGGUUGCGGCAGUCAAAGCUGUCCAAAAGCAAAUGCAUCAUCAUCAUCAUCAUCGAAGAAACAGCGACGAGCUCCCCAUUCCCAUUGUAUAAAACAAAAAGGCAUGCAAGACAGACCAAGGUUGAGAACAAAUAAUUGCUCGUUUUUGUUGUUGAGAAUUCAGCUCAGUUUUCAAAGGUGACGUAGAAGCAGUGGAAUGGGUAGAUAGCCAUGAUCUGGUGUAUCAAUUCUAUCUAUACAGAAUCUUUCCAUUUAUCUACUUGAUCUUUAUUUUUUUCCAAACUUCUGAAGGAGCAGAGUGUGAACUGGAAGUAGAGUGGUGCUGGAGUUGAGGAUAAACCUGACCCAGCCGGCUUUAAUGUGUAUAUAUUAAAGAAAUGAGUUGCGUCGUUUUACUUUUCUCUGUGGUGUUUUUUCUUUCUACAAUUUUAAAGAAAACAGUUUGUGCAAGUUUCAACUAGCACCCGACGAAUAAAGCAGUGAUACAUCUCUCCGCCCCA